AUGGAUGAUGGUGACCUAUCGAUGUUUCCAUGUCCUUGUGAUUAUCAGGUCUGUCUAUGGUGCUUGAAACGAAUUCAGGAUGAAAACAACAAGUGUCCGCUCUGUCGUCGGGACUAUGAUGAGAGUGCCUUCCGCAAAAUACCGAGGCCUAAAAAACUGGAGAACAAAAAUCGAACUGGAGGAGGCGGUACGGCUAUUGGAGGAGGCGGUACAACUAUUGGAGGAGGUUCAUCUGCCAAUGAUCUGGUACCGAUGGGACAUCUGUCGCAUCACGCCGCGGGUGUACCAGUGGUGUGUAGACUGUACUUUUGUCCGCCGCAUUUACUCAAUCCUUCUUUGCUCGCAGAAUUUCGCUACAUGGCUAAGUACGGACGCUUAAUUUCCAUUUGUAUAAGCACUUACAAAAAUAUAGACACAGCCUUUGUGCUAUACGCAGACGAUGAGGCGGCACAACUGGCGCUAUGUGAUAUCAACAAGGCCGCUUCCACCGAUCAAGGAGGUCGGGACUUGGACCGUGGUGAACAAGGACGGAGCAAGAAGGAUAUCCGGCUACACAUCGGUGCCGCGAGACAUUGCCUCUUCACGCUGAAAGGCACCACCUGUCCUAACGAGGGUUGCUGCCCCUUUAUCCACGUCCAACGUCAUUCUAAAACCUUCUGGAAACCGCGGUCCGAUGAACCCACUAUCGACCGCACGGAUAUGCCCCAUAUCAGAAGACUCAUCCUUAACCCCAACGUUGGUUCCUUCUUCGGCAAGACCUACAAAGAAGUCCUGACCGAAAUCGGAGCUCUCCGUAAUGCCGGGAGCAAUGCUGGUGGAGUCGGGAACACCGACAGGAUGGCAAACGACAAAUCUGACCGCGGAGCUGCAGGUGAGGAGACCAGAGAGGGAGAUAGCCAUGAAGGCGGUGGCGGCGAUCAGGGCUUUACGGUACGACGAGGUUGGGACACUCGUGCUCCGGCGGCGGUGACGGACACAUUGCGUCGAGACGACCCACUCUUCCCCGCACUCGACGCCGUCGCACCCAUACCUGCUACCGCCACUGCCACCGUCACCGCCGAACCACCCGCCAAACCACCCGUCAAGAAGAACAAGACCGCCCGCGCAGCGGAAUCGAAGUUUGUUAAUCCGUUCCAAGACAUCCAUCGCAAGCCGGACAGCACCGAACGGCAACCACGAAGUCUAUCCCGCUCCACAGGCGGCGACCAGGCCCCAACCGACAUCCGGGGUUCCGAGACCCGGGGUGCUACUGGGGUUCUGGAACCGGGCGGUAAAGACGGCGCCGGCGCCGGCAGGUUACGGGAUGCGACGCAGGAAGUGGUAAGGGAUGCUGCCAAAGAAGUGGCGAAGGAGGUUUCCAAGGAGGUCGUUAAGGAAGUGUCGAAGGAGGUGGCCAAGGAGGCCUUUUCCGCUCCCGCUUUCUCCAGAGAGGGGAACACAAGAGAAGGAAACGCCAUAGAAGGGAACGCGAGACAAGCAUUUCCGAGAGAAACAUUUUCGAGAGACGAACAAGACCUUCGAGGUACGGCGACCGAGAGCUCAGCGUUCCGCGACAGACGUCAAAAGUUCGACUUGGACGCACAACACAGUCUGUACUACGAGAAGAUGCGGGAACCUUAUAGGCUUUAUGGCCAUCCUCAACAAGACAAGUACGCCUAUGGGGACCUAAUGAAAAAGGAUCCUAGACAGGGGGUAGCCUAUAAUACUUCGUACAAAGACAAUUUGCACAAAGACCACUCCAUGUACAGGGACCUGCAAGGCCGGAUCCUGCAAGACCUACAGGGCCGGGACCCGCCGGGCAAGGCGUAUGAGGAGCCCACGGCGUAUAGAGAGUCAUUGUUUAAAGACUCGAUGGGCGAAGUGAAGAGUCUGUACCGGAAGUCGGCCCGGAAGGAUGGUGAUUUGAAGACGGAUCCGUUCCCACGGGGCGAGUUUGUUUUCAUUCCGCCACCGCCAGCGGCUUGUUUUGGGGAACCGAUUCUGCAGCAUCUGUCUCGUACCAAGUUGGAUGCUGUCCAGACGGGAGGUGACGGCGUGUUGCCGGGGGCGCCUCCUGGCUUCUCAGGUCCUCCACCAGGUCUGUCGCCGCCUCCUGGGAUCGCUGGACCAAGUAUUGGGACCGCCGGACUGGGCACGUCUUCCGGACUCGUUACCGCCCCACCACUCGGCACCGCGACUGGAUUGGGAUCUCCUGGAUCGGCCUCUCCUGGACUGGGAGCUCCCGGACUGGGAGCUCCCGGACUGGGGGUGCCUGGACUGGGGGCUCCUGGACUGGGAGCGCCCACGGCCCCGCCGGGCAUGGGGGCUUCCAAGAUGGUUGACGAGGGCGACAUGAACGGUGUCCUCAAUGGCUCGGGAGAUCUCUUCGGCUGGGACACUUACGAGGAACCGGGCACGCAAUGGCUCGACGGCCUCCUCAACCUCCACCUCGGAAAGACGCAACAGCCCUCCUUCGUCUCCUCCACAGACUUCGAAUGGAACCGACCAAGUCCCGACCAAAUCGUUGCCCGACUUCUCGCGCCGCAACGCAACCUCCCGCCGCCCGGACGACCCGGGGCCUCCCAAGCGCCCGUUGCCAACAAUGCCUGGCACUGCAACCCUCCUCCGUAA